AUGGCUUGUGUGAUGGCAGCCUUCUCCGUCAACAACACCGCGGUCACCAAUUCCAUCAUCAUGAACACCAACGGGCCCCCAGACCUGAUGCUGGACCCCCGGUCUGUGUGUGUCUGUGUGGAGGAGGCGUCCGGCGGUCAGCAGACCCCUCUGCUCCGUGCUCAGGUGAAGAAGAUGGAGCACAAUGUGAGCGAGGCUCAACGAUUCUCCUCCCUGCCGAGGAGGCCGGCCGUCAACAUGGAGUUCAGAGACGUCUCCUACUCCGUCCCAGAGGGACCCUGGUGGAGGAAGAAAGGUCACAAGACUCUGCUCAGUGGGAUUUCUGGGAAGUUCUGCAGUAGAGACCUGGUUGCCAUCAUGGGACCCUCUGGGGCCGGGAAGUCCACACUCAUGAACAUCUUGGCUGGAUACAGGGAGACUGGGAUGAAGGGUCAAAUCCUGAUAAACGGACAACCCCGUGACCUGCGCUCAUUCAGGAAGGUUUCCUGUUACAUCAUGCAGGAUGACAUGCUGCUCCCACACCUCACUGUACAGGAAGCUAUGAUGGUAUCAGCCAAUCUGAAGCUACAGGAGAAAGUGGAGGGACGCAAAGAGCUGGUGAAGGAGAUCCUCACAGCUCUGGGGUUGUUGGACUGUUGUAAGACGCGGACGUCUCAUCUGUCCGGCGGUCAGAGGAAGAGACUAGCCAUUGCUCUGGAGCUCAUCAACAACCCACCAGUCAUGUUUUUCGAUGAGCCCACCAGCGGUCUGGACAGCUCGUCGUGUUUCCAGGUGGUGUCCUUGCUGAAGGCUCUGGCUCAGGGCGGUCGUACGGUCAUCUGUACCAUCCACCAGCCCAGCGCGAAGCUCUUCGAGCUCUUUGACAAGUUGUAUGUCCUCAGUCAGGGUCAGUGUGUCUACAGAGGAAAAGUCUCCAACCUGGUGCCCUACCUGAGAGACCUGCAACUCAACUGCCCCACCUACCACAACCCGGCGGACUUUGUGAUGGAGGUGGCGUCAGGGGAGUAUGGAGACCAGACAGCGCGGCUGGUGAAGGCCAUUCAGGACAAGACAUGUGAGGAAGAGUACGAGACGGAGGUCAACGGGGGAGAACAGCUCAACUCCUUCAUCUGGAAAACUGAGGAGGUACCAGCCAGCACACAAACACACACUGUUGUCCAGAGAGACAUACAGCAGGAUGACGGUCAUUUCUGUCUCUCUCCCUCUCAGGACUCGUCUUCUGAAGGAUGUCACAGUCUGUCGGCCAGCUGUGUUACUCAGUUCUCCAUUCUGUUCAGAAGGACCUUCCUCAGCAUCCUCAGGGACUCGGUUCUGACUCACCUGCGGAUCAUGUCUCACAUUGGGAUCGGCAUUCUCAUCGGUCUGCUAUACCUGGGAAUUGGAAAUGAAGCCAAGAAGGUUCUGAGUAACUCUGGCUUCCUCUUCUUCUCCAUGCUUUUCCUCAUGUUCGCUGCACUCAUGCCAACUGUGCUGACCUUUCCUUUGGAGAUGGGCGUUUUCCUGCGAGAACAUCUGAACUACUGGUACAGUCUAAAGGCAUACUACCUCGCUAAAACCAUGGCUGACAUUCCGUUCCAGGUCAUCUUCCCUGUGGUGUACUGCAGUAUUGUCUACUGGAUGACGGCCCAGCCUCCAGACGCAGCCAGGUUCUUCCUUUUCCUCUCUCUGGGGGUCUUGACCUCACUCGUGGCCCAGUCCCUGGGGCUGCUUAUAGGGGCUGCCUCCACUUCGCUACAGGUGGCGACGUUUGUCGGCCCGGUGACGGCCAUCCCGGUGCUGCUGUUCUCUGGCUUCUUUGUCAGUUUUGACACCAUUCCCUGGUACCUGCAAUGGAUGUCUUAUAUCUCUUAUGUCAGGUACGGUUUCGAGGGAGUCAUUCUGUCUAUCUACGGGCUGGACAGAGAGGAUCUGCACUGUGACAUGGAUUCUACCUGCCACUUCCAAAAGUCAGAUGCCAUCUUGAAGGAGCUGGACAUGGUGGAUGCCAAACUGUACCUGGACUUCAUCGUCCUGGGAAUCUUCUUCUUCUCCCUUCGCCUCAUUGCGUAUUUUGUCCUGCGCUACAAGAUCAGCGCCCAGAGGUAG